GCAGACGAUAGAUGGGUGGGAGGCGAUGGGUGGGAGGGGGCCGCCCGGUGCCCCCUCACGCCAAAUGUACGCUCGCCACGUUCCCCCUACUCAGCUCGAUGAGGUCAGUAGGGAGGGUGACCCAUGUACAUGCUCGUGAUGAUUCCUUGUUGUGUGUGUGUGUGCAGGAUGGUAUGGAUGAGGACGGCCUGGAGGAUGGCCGAAGCGACGAUCUAGAUGAGGUGGAAGGAGGCACACGCGCACACACAUGCCAUGUCAUCCAUGCCCACUCAUGAAUGUGUGUGGUCUGUGUAUGUGUGAAGGGUUCCGUGGCCGAGGACGGCAUGGACGGCGACCAGGGAGAGUGGGGAGAGGAGGAGCUGGCUGUCUGUCUGGCUGUCUGUCUGUCUGUCUGUCUGACAGGAAUGUCGAUUAGAUGGAUGAGCACAGCAGCAGCAAUCAACUCACAUAAAGCUAGGUACGCAGAGCGACUCGCAGACCACCGCCUCUCUGCUGCUGCUCACGGCUGUGUUUGGUUGUCUGUGUGGUUCAGAUCACACAUAAUGGCCAUCCACUGAUUGCCCCUGACCGGACAGCCCGUAUCGUGGCCCCCUGGCUGCUGGCGGCUGCAGCAGGAGGGCGGCUCUUGUGUAGAUGAUGUCCAUACCUGUGCGCUGGCUGGAUCCAUGGUACACAUUCGAUUUGUCUGUGUCUGUGUCUGUCCAUGUGUGAGACCGUUUGCGUGUGUGUGUGUGUGUGAGUGGUGUUCACCUUGAUGCGUUCGUUCAUCGUGUGGUUCAUUCAACCAGUGUGUACA